UAAAGGGCGGGGCCGGGGCCACGGGAGAUCCUGCGCGCGCACAGAGGAGCACGAGGCAGCCGCAUCUCCGCCCGCUGCGACACCCGGACGCCCGACACACCCGCCGCCCUCCGCCGACAUGUCCUGGGACGAUUACGUAAAGAGUAUGGUUGGACCCGAUUGCCAGGACGCCGCCAUCUACGGCCAGAACCCGCCCUGUGUCUGGGCCUGCCAUCCGGGCGGCAUAUUCUCCAAAAUCACGCCGGUGCAGAUCCAGGAGCUGCUGAGCGCAGACCGCAAUCCGCUCUUCAUAAAUGGCGUCUGCCUCGGCACCCAGAAGUGCAGUUUGAUCAGGGACGCCUUACACUCUCCAGACUCCUACAUGAUGGACCUCAGGACGAAGGCGGCAGAGGGGCCUACGUUUAACAUAGCCAUAUGCAAAACUAAUUCAGCUCUGAUCUUCGCAAUGGGCGCUGAAGGCGUCUAUGGGGGAGCGAUCCAUACUAAAACGCACGAUGUGGGAAAGUACCUGAGAGAUCAGAAUUGCUGAUUCCCCCCCCCCCCCCCCCUCCACAGCCCAGACCCCUUCACCCGUUCCAGCUGCCAACAUUGGACCAACCCACUGAUUCAUUUGCCCCUUUUCCGCCUUUGUUUUUUGAUCACUGUUUUGCUGCCCCCUGGUCACCAGAAUGAACCAACUUUUUUUUUUUUUUUUUUCCAAGAAACAAUUUAUAUCUGAUUUAAGAAUAAAAAAAAAUCUAUUA